AUGGAGAAAGAAAUUUUGGAUUACGUGUUGGUACCAUUAGGCCUACUUAUCAUGGUUGCUUAUCACUUAUGGCUUCUUCAACGCAUUCUUAAACACCCAACUCACACAGUCAUUGGCAUCAAUUCCAUUAAUCGUCGCUUAUGGGUUCUUGCUAGGAUGGAGGAAUCAUCUCAGAAUGGAGUUCUAGCAGUACAGACGCUAAGGAACAACAUAAUGGCUUCGACGCUUUUAGCAUCUACGGCGAUUAUGCUUAGUUCUCUCAUUGCCGUCUUAAUGACGGGCGGAAGCAGUGGUCGUUCAGUUGGUUUUCAUGUUUAUGGGGAUAAGAGCGAGUUUUGCUUGUCAAUUAAGUUUUUUUCAAUAUUGGUAUGUUUUAUGGUGGCGUUUUUGUUUAAUGUGCAAUCGAUUAGGUAUUAUAGUCAUGCUAGCAUACUCAUCAACGUGCCUUACAAGAAAUUGGAUUCGUCAAGGCAUUGUGCGACGGCGGAGUAUGUAGGGAGGACAGUGAAUAGAGGCAGCUAUUUCUGGUCACUUGGACUACGUGCAUUUUAUUUUUCGUUUCCACUAUUUUUGUGGAUCUUUGGACCUAUUCCUAUGUUUCUCUGCUGCAUUUUCCUGGUUAUCAUGCUUUAUUUCUUGGAUGUAAGUUCUGAUUUUGGAUGGGUUGCACCAGCUGAUGAAAACAACCAGCAGACUGCUUGACGACAAGGUAGUUUAGGUACUGUUGGCUUAGGUAUCUUCAUGUCAAAUCACAGUACAGUAUUUAGUAUGAUCCU